UCCUCCUGUGCAGUGCAGUCGGUUCAGUAAUCGAGCGUCGAGCUUCCCGAUCAUCGCCUCUGCAGCCACCAUGCGCGCUCCGUGUUGUCACACUGUGGGAUUCUCGGUGAGCCUCGCGGAACGGGCACGGAGCAGCGACGGGAGGACCACCGUACACCCCGCAACUUGCUAGCGUGCGUGCGUUUGUGCGUGCGGGACAGGAAAGGCAGGCUGUGUUUUCGACAUGGAUGUGGGGUCUUCUACCCAGCACACACGACUCCGUUCCGCGCGUGACCCUGGGAACCGCACAGCGCAGAGAGUGACGCGCUAAUCAUCUGGAUGAAAGUCAAAAGUGGGGUUGGAUGGCCAUGGACCCAUUCAGCCAGCUUAUCCUCACCAUCUCAGUGACCAGUUUCUUCACCUUCCAGUGGCUCUUCCACAAAGUCAGCCCCUGGGUGUCCACACGAAUCAGCCCUGGCUUCCCCGGCCUAAGUGACAAGCAGAAGGUGGAAUGGAACUCAAGGACAGUUUCAACGUUCCACGCACUGUUGGUGGGAAUCUUCUGUCUCUCCAUCUUGUUCUUCGAUGAUGCCGUCAAUGAAGACCCAGUCUGGGGAGAUCCUACACUGGUGAAGACAAAUGUUGCCAUCACAACAGGCUACCUCAUAUCUGAUCUGCUGCUAAUAUUUUACUAUUGGAAGGCGAUAGGGGACAAGUUUUUUGUAGUUCAUCAUCUGGCAGCGUUGUAUGCUUACUACUAUGUACUGGGCGUUGGAAUGUUGCCUUAUUUUGCUAACUUCCGUCUGCUCGCUGAGUUUUCUACACCAUGUGUGAACCAGCGCUGGUUCUUCGAGGUACUAGGUUACGCCAAGUCCUCGUGGCCCAACAUGGCAAAUGGCGUUGCCAUGGCAGUGGUGUUUUUCGUGGUUCGCAUCGCCGUCAUGCCCGUCUACUACAGUCGCAUGUAUGCAGUCUAUGGCACGGAGGCCUUCUACCUUGUGCCGUGGGGGGGCCGCGUAGCGUGGAUCUGCUCCAGCAUCUGCCUUGAUGUCAUGAACAUUAUGUGGAUGCAUAAGAUCGCCCGUGGCUGCUACAAGGUGUUGCGCUCGGCCCAUCAGCGCAAAGCCAGCUUGCCUCAGGAGAACGGGAAGACAGAUUAAGGGAACCAGGAAGUCCGUGGCCACAAUAUGGACAAAAGAGACGUCACUCUCAUUGCACUGGUUAGCAGCAGGUGGGACCCUCACAUGUCGCGCUGCUUCAGGAGGAGCACACCUGGGAUCUGUGACAUUAAAAUGCUGAAUGUAAUGAGGGAAACUGAGAUUCCUUUUGGAAAGUGGGUACAGUCACUGAGACGUAUCGAUGGACCAAUUAACUGGCCGUCCGUAAGCCAUGAGUUGACGUCUUAGCAAUACUCUCCGGCAUCGACACUUAUUUUUCUCGAACAAUUUUACGACUACACAAAAGGGGUUGUGCGAGGAUAGUGGACUGUUAGCCCGAACCAGAAAUUGUCAAAAAGUUUACUGUUCUUUGCAUAUUUGUUAGUCAACGAAUGAAGUCAAACUUUGAGUUUGUGUCAACAAAGAAGCCAACACAUGAGGGAACCGUGUAAUAAAUAUAUUGUUGCCAUGAAAUCAUUGGGAGAUGCCUCCCGGGGGAGAACAGUCUAUUAUCACUUUUAUUUCCCUCCUUCUUUUAGAUGCAGGUACUUGGUUGAGAUGCACAAAGGGUAAUAACUGAGAAGAAGACGUGUGAAUACAGAACCUCGGUCACUCAUUCAUUUUCAUUCACUUAAGAGUUUCAUUUUAAAAAUCCACCUUUAAGAAAUGUCUCGUGGCAUUUGAAUGGUUCAUUUAUAUUAUGUAGGGGUUGAAGGGCGUCAGUGCCAUGUAUGUUGUCCGUGUCUUUAGUCUUGCAAGAGUACCCUGAUGUGUGUUCAGGGUACAUCAGUGCAGAAGUGCUAAAAGGGAAACUGAAUGUCAAUACUGUGUUGUUUUUUUACUCUUCAUUUUGCAAUGCAAGGACCUUAACCGUAAUAAAAUAGAGAGUUAACAUCCGAUCUGUAAAUACACCUGAUUCAAUGUGUUUACGAAGUGACAUGUCGCGUUCACACAACAUUCACUCAACGUUCACGCUGCGUUCUUUAUUUAUUUCACGUUAUGAUGUAUGUGAAGGGGUGAAACUGACGUGGAAUCUGUGUCAUAUACAAAUGAGUCUUUUCAUUCCCAAGGAAAUGGAGGCCUCAAUGUAUGGAUCUAUCCCAGAAUUCAUUGCGUCCAGUUACCAGUAGACUGCGUCCUCUGAAGGAGGGCGACCCGUGAAUUGGGACACAGCCUUGUUUGGAGGUUUAUAUAAUAUUCACACUUCCUGUUAUUGUUUCUUUACAGGCACAAACUGUUAAUUUGAUCCCUGGGCAUCAUUGCCAACAAGCUGCAUGCCGCUACAUGUUUUACAAAUGAGGACUAGUUUGUUUCCCAGACAAAAAAAUCAGUGUUUCAUACGGUUUAGAAGUUAAUAUUUUAUAGUCAGAAAGAGCAUUGUAAUAGAAGCAACCUCUGCCUCGUGUUGUAUAUGAUUUACAAGCUGGACACAAGUGUUUUAAGUUUUGUCAGUGGGUCUAAGCUCUACUUGUUUUGUUAAGUACCAUUCUACUGACCCCGGUACAACACCGAACACAUGGAACAACUCAAAGGUAUUUAGGGUAUGUGUAUCAUCUGUUUAAAAAUUUUAAGUUGCAGUUCAUCGGUGAUCCGCGAUACCUACUUGAAUAGUGAAUUGUAAAUGUAUCUUUUUAUGAGCUGCACGUCAAAAGCUGGCGUAUGUGAAAGCGAAACAGGGAUGCCUUGCUUUAUGUUCCGAACUUUUGUUUUGUUGCCUUUUUUGUUGCAAAAUUAUUGUUGCACACUCGACUCACGACACUGUGAUUAACUUGUGUGUGUCCGUCCCCCCCAAGUACAAUGUGAUUGUUGAGCCUGUUGCAAUGGAGCAGUUUCAAAUGUACAAAACCAAGAGGCUGGUUAUUUUUGCUUUUGUUAAGGAUUUUAAAAUUGAAAACAAAUACAAAAAAAUGUUUAUGUGCCAGUGCUUGAUUCAUUACAAUUCAUUGGUUAAAAAGGAUGAUGCUGCUUUUCUUUUCCCAUGCAGCAGUGCCAACUCGCAAUCACAGGUUCAGUGGUUGCGAUUAGUUCUGUCCAACUGUAGUUCUGUUCUGUUUGCCAUGGUAAAACUUUUCAGUUGGCGCCAUUAAACCAGUGUGUUUGGAUCAGGACAGAUUUAUGUAUGUUGGUAUGUUAGGCAUAUGUCCUCCACAAGAGAAUAUUGCUUAUCUCACUUGUUGAAGAGCAGCCAGGAUGUGGCGUCUUAAUACGUCAGUGGGAUUCAAUAGAAAAUAUUGGAAGGGGUUUCAGGACGGCAGCAGACGGCCACAAGUGGGCGUCACUGAGCAGGGUCAUGCAUGGUCAACAUUCUCUACUACUGCAUGUGGUAUCGCAUGGGUAUGCAUUGUACAACAAGCCUAUACACGUGCAAGAGUAAUUUUGUUAUUUUUUUCUUAGUACAUGUACAUAAUGUUUACUUAAGCUUUAUUCUUGUACUCUGUCACCCAAUGUAAAGCCACAACUGACGAGGAGGAUGGUGUGGGGGAGAACAUUUAAAAACUUUAGUCCAAUAUCCAGCACAGAAGUAAAUCGCAAAAGGAAAACUAGAAAUACUAGUCAGCACAGUUUAUAAGAACCUGGGCAGUGCAAAUACACAUGAAUACUAGGAUCACCUUGCAAUAUAGGCGUACCAUCAUCUUUAAUUUAUUAAUCCAAGAGAAUAAAACAAGGCAGACAUUACGGUACCGGAGCGUGGCGCUGUCGUCUGCUCUAAAUGUACAGGAGAGAUGUAGGUGGAAGGUUUGGUGACGAUCCAUGAAUGUGUUUGGAGAUGAGAAAAAUAUUUGUCACAUGCAGUUUUUUCACUUGUCCAUCACAAUAAAUACCAAAUUAACCCUCGGCCAAGAAAAUAAUGUUUUUUUUUUGUACUGAAUCAAUAAACCAUGAAUGUGUGAAUUUCAAUCUACUGCCAAGAACAUGAAAGUCAUUAUUACUGGAUACAACUGAGCAUAUAUGAGUUGUUAUUGCCUUUGUUUUGCUCAUGUGACAACAUUUGCUUUCAGGAAAAGCAAUAUACAGAAACUGCCAAUAAAAACAUAGUGAACUUUU